CAUCUGACAUUUAAAAUGUUUUGCCGAAAGCAAAACUAAAACUGCAUAUUUUUCGGUUUAUAAUUUUGCCAUGCAAUAACAAAGAAUCAAAUACAUUUGUUUAUUAUAAAUUUAAUCAAUUUCAAUUCAAAUUUAUUACGACCACAAACAAUGGAUGACCUAAAUCCUCUCGCUGGAACUGCCCAUUUGCUUGAAGAAGUCGAUAAAAAACUAAUGGUACUCCUUAGAGAUGGACGAACCCUCAUUGGCUACCUUCGGUCAGUGGAUCAAUUUGCCAACUUAGUCUUACACAGAACAAUCGAAAGAAUUCAUGUUGGAAAUGAAUACGGCGAUAUACCAAGAGGUGUCUUCCUUAUUCGCGGAGAAAAUGUAGUUCUUUUGGGUGAAAUUGAUCGAGAAAAAGAAUCUAAUUUGCCAUUGAAAGAAAUAUCAGUGGAAGAAAUACUCGAUGCGCAACGCCGAGAACAAGAACAACGACAGGAGAAACACAGAUUGAUAUCGAAGGCAUUGAAAGAAAGAGGUUUGGCUGUGAAUUCUGAUAUUAUAAAUGAAGAUUGCUUUUAAUAAAUAAUAAAAUAAAUAUACAAAAACCUUCUUAGAA